UGAGGUGUUUGUCUCUCUCCUCAACCACGCGUAUCAUGGGUGACAAGAAAGCCGAAAAAGAAUUCAUUGCUGAAUUUAUUGAGGUGUAUCGUGGUCUUCCCGCCCUGUGGGAUGUGAAAUGCAAAGAUUAUACAAAUCGUGCCAAAAAGGGGGAGCAGUACGAUGUGCUGAUAGAAAAGUACCGUGAAAAAUAUCCGGAUGCUGAGAAACAAGAAGUAUUGUGUUGGUUUCGGAAUUCCCAAUGUAUUACCAGCAAGCGCCUGCCCGAAUUUCGUGUAACUGAUUACACCACCGUCCGAUACUCUUCCAUUGACUCCUACAUCAACCAUCAUGAACUCAUAGUGGAUGAUGAAUCUCGUCAAAAGAACAGGAAACGUAAAGCUCCAGAUCCCACUGAGGAAUUGGUGAAAUUGGCCUCCAAACGCCUUCAACAACCACAAGACGACAGUGACAUAGUUGCUGCAGCUUGGGCAGUCGAGCUCCGAAAAAUGGAUCCACAACAGCAGUUGUUUGCAAAGAAGGCCAUCAAUGAGAUACUGUUUGAGGGACAAAUGGGAACCUUACACCGUAGUUCAGUUGAAAUUAACGUCUCACGUGUGGCCACACCAUAUAGUGUUCAGUCCCUCCCUUCCCCUUCAUUCCCUCAGUAUGAAUCAGCAAGUGCCUCCUCGCAACACACAGGUGGAUAUUACACUACUUUGCAUUAAGACAGUUACUUUCCAACUUCAUGUAGGCUAGGUAUACCUUAUGUAGGUAUACCUUAUGUACAAUGUCAAGUUUUGUUCUAGCCAAUGUAUGCCAAUAUUUUGAAUGUAUAAAUAAAAGGAUUUGAAAUGGAAAAAGAACUUACCUUAAUGUAUUCCUUGAGACAGUUGAUUAAAGCAGUGCAUGUUUCCAUAACUAUUUGCCCUAUUGACUGAGGUGACACAGCAGUUAAAAACUUCAGAUCUUCAUAGCUAUUCCCGGUAGCGAGAUAUCGUAGAGUUAUGGACAACCGUUGGCUUACAGGAAUUGCAUCGCGCAUGAUAGUGUUC